CAUCACUCAGAGUUUGAGCUCGACACACAUUGAGUGACACUUACUGGAGUACCGAGCGCGUGGAUGCACCUGCACUAACAGAUCAUGACACUUCUGGUGUCUCCUGGCGCUGCCCGCCUCUUGUCUAGAACUGAUGGUAUCUCUGACCGACCGCUGCCCGCUCUGUGCCCAUUCUGAGAAUCAUGCUGUCCGGCAGCUGGCGUCGAGGGACCGUCAUGCCCUCUUUGAGCAACCCUAUAGGAGGUAAAGGUUGGUCGGGGUCCGGGUCCAGACUGGGGAGCACCGUUGUACUGGAAGCGCUCUAUGACUACUCGUACCGCGGUGCAGACGGGCGCACGGUGUCCAUACGUGAGGGCGAGCGAUUCCUGCUCCUAAAGAAGACGAAUGCAGACUGGUGGCAAGCGAGGAGUAUCGGGGUGGGCGUUAAGGUCAAACCGAUAUAUGUGCCCGCCACAUACGUCAUAGAGCUGCCCGUCAGCAAGUUCCGCCCCUCGCAGCACAACAGCCAAUGUGACAGUUUUAAGAUGAUUCCACGUGGUUCACUCACGCCCUGCAUGCAAAAAGACUGCUCAGUGCCUGAUAAGCAGUUCUGUCGCUCUAUGGAGAAUCUCAACAGCAGCAGUACUUUAAGAGGGCAUCACCCAUCAUUGCCACUCUAUGGUUCCUCUGCAUCACCCUCGGGUCACCUCACGGUUCCGGGAGGCCCAAUCCCACGCAGCCAAAGCUCCAGUAAUCUACCCCAGAACCCGUACCAGGACACAAACUGCCCUAAACCUAGUAUAACCGGCCCCAGCAAAUUCUACAGCCAAUGGGACAUGAGCAGCACUGCACGCCGAUAUACUGAGGGACACAUACAGAACUCUCUGUCGGAGCAAGGGAGGAAGCAGUUCGCGGAGCCUCCCAAGCCGGUGGCGGGUCAACGCCCCCUGCAAACGCUGCAGCUGUGGGAUCAGUACCGUGAACCCAGUUCUGGACGCUUUUACUAUGUCAACACCGUUACGAAAGAGCGCUCGUGGAAACCUCCACGCCGAUCCCGUGAGAGUGCCGGUUGCCAAAACAAGCUCUCACCUGACUUCACCUGCAUUACUCAUGAUGCCAAUGGUUGGCAGGUGAAUCAGAGUAUGCAGCACGCGGUGUCGUCUGACGCUCUCAGCUCGAGCGAGGAUGCUCAUCACAGGAACUGCGCUCCAGCAGGGGGCGUGUCCCACGUGAAUCACUCCUACCCCACGUUUCUGCCAUCACAAACUCAGAGAACAUCUACAAACGACAAGUCGGAUUACAGGGUAGUUGUCGAACCCUCGUCAUCUGACAGCUCGCCGGACAUUGAAGGAGUCACACCGGAGCUAGAAAAGGCCGGUUUACUCCACAAAACCAAGAUAGCAGAAGGAGGCAGGAAACUAAGGAAAAACUGGAACCUGUCAUGGGUUGUUUUGGUGGGAAACAGUCUUGUUUUCUUUAAGGACCCCAAAAGCCAGAAUUCUGAAAGCUGGAAACCAGGUCACAGUCGUCCAGAGAGCAGUGUGGAUCUGAGAGGAGCUCAGCUGCUGUGGGCCAAUGAUCUCUCCAGCAGAAAGAACGUCUUUAAGCUCAGGACAGUGACAGGAAAUGAGUUUUUGCUGCAGUCAGAAAUGGACUCUCUCAUCAGAGAAUGGUACAGAACCAUCCAGAACGUGAUUGACAGACUGGACAAAGAGAACCCUCUAGAUAACGUGUUGCUGUAUUCUCUGAGGAGAGCGGGAUCAGUGGAGAUGUUGGACCAAAGUGGAGAUGAAGAUGAAAAUCGUGGAGGAUUCAAAGCGUCACUCCCUCGCUCCAUUUCAAACUUGGAGAACUCCGAACACAAGCGUGUGAAGAGCCGUUUGAAGCAGUUGAUCCUCAGGAGACCUCCACUGCAGACGCUUCAGGAGAAAGGACUCAUUAAAGAUCAGGUGUUUGGUUGCGGUUUGGAGCUGCUGUGUGAGAGAGAGAAAAACACAGUUCCACAGUUUGUCAGGAAGUGCACAGAGGCCGUGGAGAGGAGAGGGUUGGAGACGGACGGUAUUUACAGAGUGAGCGGGAAUCUUGCGGUCAUUCAGAAACUUCGCUUCGCUGUCGAUCAUGAGCGAGCGAUCACCACAGACGGCCGAUAUCUCUUCCCAGAGGAUUUAGUUCAAGAGCGCUUGGAUCUGGAUGAUCCGCAGUGGGAGGACGUUCACGUCAUCACUGGGGCGCUGAAGCUGUUCUUCAGGGAAUUACCCGAACCACUCGUCCCGUACGGAUUCUUCCACGACAUCGUCGAGACCGUCAAAAUACCCGAUUACCUGGAUCAGGUGGACCGACUGAAGCUGCUGGUCAUCAGUAUGCCGCCGCCAAACCACGACACCUUGAGACACGUGAUACGACACCUGAAACGGGUGAAGGAGCGUUCCGACAGCAAUCGUAUGACGACGCAGAACAUCGGUAUAGUGUUCGGCCCGACUCUCAUGCGUCCAGAGAACGAGUGUGGGAACAUGGCCAUUAACAUGCUGUAUCAGAAUCAGGCCAUUGAACUCCUGCUGAGUGAAUAUGAGCACAUCUUUGGACCCGAGAGCUCCGACUAAAACCAGAGACGCAGAACCCGAGAAGAACCUCACAGAACCCGAUACAGGCGCAUGUGUGACGAGUCUUUACAUGGGUCCAAUCCACAAGAUUACACGUUUUUUCAAAAUGAGCUCAAUAGUUUUACUAAAUUACCAUAAAAAGUGACUGUAAAUGCACUUUCACUCCGACUCGCCAUGAACACAUUAAUUGGACUCCGGGACAUCUUUUAUGGUUUUUAUUUGUUUCACGAUGUCUCAUAUAAGUUAUAAAAUGGGUUUGAUUUUAUAACAAUUAUUAUGUAAUAAUAAUAAUAAUAAUAAUAAUAAUAAUUUUGAAAAUACUUCAAAAUGUAAUAAUUCAGAAUUAAUGAAACAAUUCCCUUAUUCUUUAUUUUGGGGUGAAAUAUAACCUGAACACUUUCUAUACACAAGUGUGUGUGUGUGUGUAUAUAUAUAUAUAUGUGUGUGUGUGUGUGUGUAUAUAUAUGUGUGUGUGUGUAUAUAUAUGUG